UCAACCAUCACAUUUACACACACUCUCUCUGUUCGUAAUUUUCGAAUCUGAAACGAUUUCAAGUCGCAGCUUCAGGUCGAUUUUUAUUCCAUAGAUGAAUCAUCUAUAACCACACAGCUUGGUGGCGGAAGAAGAUGGCGACGGCGGAGAAGUUGAAGGCGGUGGAGAAGCUGCUGUCGCGGCUCUCCGAGCGGAAGAGAUCGAUAAUCGAACACGUGAAGCAACAAACGGAGGCGUACAGUCAGCACCUCGCUUCCAAACUCCUCAUUCAAGGAAUCAGCCCUCCCUCGUGGCUUCGGGACCCUAGCACCUCGGCCGAGAAAGAGCUAAAUGAAGAAGACCUCAUCUCUAGACUUCUAAGUCAGUAUCAGGAGGGGUCAGCCCGUUGCUCUAUUGCAAGCUCCCCAGGGCAUAGCAACUUAAUCGUUAUUGGUGAUCACGAUAAAUUUAGGGAUGGAGACAUUGUGGAAAUUCCAGCUGCUAAUGAAGAUCAUUAUCAAGAAAAUGAACCAGUAGCACCUGGAUUUAGCUGUGACAAUAAUGGUGAAUGUGCCCUCAGCUUAGUUCCCAAGCUAGAUCAUAGUGCUGCAUCGUCUAAGGAUCAGAUAGAUGAAAAUAUCUCAAAUAAUUACACUAUACCAGAUCAGUCGCUAGCUGGAAUCCAGAGGUCCAAGUCCAGACAAAAAGCUCUUAAGCUCCGCAGCAGUGCAAAAGCAUCAGGGAAGAGUGGUUUAAGACAUGAGAGCAAUGGCGAUGUUGUUUCUAGCCAGAUUAGGUUUUCUCUCUCUAUUACAAAGCAGCCAUGCCAAAAUGGUGAUAUGUCCCAAUUGGAAGAACCCUGUAUAAUUGAUAAUCACAGUAGUGUGAAUAGGAAUGUGGUUGAAACUCAUAGCUUAAAUAGAGAAGAGGAAGUGGCUGCACGCUCUGAGUGUAGGUCUGAAUCUCAUGCAGAAGUUCCAAUAUCUGUUGUAGGUUCUUCUCCAUUCGGUUGUUCAUCUAAUUACUACAAAGAAAAGGCCUCAUGUCAAGAUGCUCGUGUAAAGAGAAAAGAAUCCAAUCCUAUUUCUGACACUGAGCAUCCUGAUAAUCACGUUAACCUGCCAAAAUCAGCUGGACCAUCUGCUGUUUGUCGUGAAAGCAUUAGAGGCAGGGCAGAUGAAGAUGCAGAUUUUCUCUGCGAGGAUGAAGGAACAAAUGUUCAUACGGGUGAAAUUAUUAGGUCAGAUGUUUCCAGCAGAAGGCAAACUUGUGGUUGUGACUCAACCAAAGCUGGUAGUUCUUUUGAUGAUCAUCAGGGAAUCGAUAUUACUAUGAAGGAUGCUGGGGAUUAUCUACCCCCAGAUCGUUUUGAUGGAUCCUUAAUGAAGAUUCAUUCCAGUAACGUUCAUAGUGCUGGAUUAGCAAGACAAGUUAAUGAUUCUCAAGAGCAGUUGGGGUUGGAUAAACCAUCUGAUGAAUUUCGUAGCGUGAAAAGGUCAAAAACUCAUUCUUAUGGAAAAGAAACGCAUCGACCUGUAACGUAUAAUGAGGGUAAAGAAUCCAUCGCAUACUGUGAAGGAAAUUCUGCUGAAGAACUUCAGAGCUCAAGUGUUCAAUAUAUUCCUUCCUAUCUUAGUACCCAUAAGAUGCUUCAUGAUGAUGAAAAUGGCAAGCUUGUUAUGGCCAGUGAGCUUUGUUUGCCUGAUCAUGUUGAUAAGUCUAGCCUUUCCAGUGCUAAUUAUUCUAAGCAGGGGAGAGGAUUGGAGUCUGAAGUUGCACUGACUCCUUCAGAUUCUUCUGCAUCUGCGGAACCAAAGCAGUUAGAGUCGAAACAGGCUGAAGAGUACGACCUGAAAGCCUUCACUUCUACAUCUGGAAAGAAGUUGAAUUGUCCCUUGAAUGAUCCUGAUGUACCACUAGACAAAGGAAUUUGUGGUGAAAAUAAUCCGCCAUCAAGAGCAGGAUCAGCCAGACAGGUUAAUGAUUCUCAAGAGCUAUUGGGGUUGGUUAAAACGUCUGAUGGAUUUCGUAGGGUGACAAGCUCACAAACUCAUUCGUAUGGCAAACAAAUGUAUCUUCCUGUAACGUAUAAUGAGGGCACUGAAUCCAUCUCAGACUGUGAAGGAAAGUCUGCUAAAGAACUUCAGAUAUCAAGUGUUCAAUCUAUUCCUCCCUAUCUUAGCACCCAUAAGCUGCCUCAUGAUGAUGAAAAUGGCAAGCUUGUUAUGGCCAGUGAGCUGUGUUUGCCUGAUCACGUUAACAAGUCUAGACUUUCCAGUUCUGAUUAUUCUAAGCAGGGAAGAGGCUUGGAGUCUGAACUUGCACUGACUCCAUCAGAUUCUUUCGCAUCUGUGGAACCAAAACAGUUAGAGGUGAAACAGACUGAAGAGUGCGACCUGAAAGCCUUCACUUCGAGAUCUGGAAAGAAGUUGAGUUGUUCCUUGCAUGAUCCUGAUGUAUCACUAGAUAAAGGAAUUCCUGGUGGAAAUAACCAGCCAUCUUCAAGUAAGCAGUUACCAAGGAUGCUAGAUAUCUCAACUCAAGGAGGGAAAGUCUGUAGGGAUUCCUUUCAACCUGAUGUCCAGGAGAGCCCAGACACUCACAUUGGAAAAUUUGGACCAGUUAUAGACAGUGUAAUAGUAAAUGCUUCCGAAGUUAGUUCAGAAGUUGAGCUAAAUUUUAGAAGUUCUGAAGUUCAUGGCGAGAUGCAUGAUCUUCCAUCUAAACUGGUCGACAUAACUGACAUUCAAAUUCUUCCAGAGAAUUUACAUAUAAAAUAUGGGCCUGAGUCCUCCCCUGUGCACAGCAUGGAACAGGGGAAUUUCGAUGAUGAAGCAUGUGAUAAGAGUCAAUUGGUCUUCAGUGUUCCAGAAAGCAAAAACUCAAGGCUUUCACAGGUCCAAGAGUCAGAAAAAGACCAAGCAGCAAAGUCCAAUGCUUGCUUAAUUAAGAAAGCAGGGACAAAUCCUAUUGCAAUUGAUGAUAUGAAGCAAUAUCCUGCUCAUCAAUCUCAAAUAUUAUCAUGGCCUGAGAGUGGUGUAAGUAGCAAACAUGGAGAUUCAUCACUGGGGAUUACUUCAUUGGGAAGACCUAGUAUGAUCAGGUUGGAUGAUAAAAAUUUGUCAUUCGAGAGAAGACUCAGACACGUGCGAACUGAAUCAUGGCCACAGAUCAAAAGACGGAAAAUUGAACACCAGCAAGAUCGUGGCUGUGCAACUUCCAAAAGCUUUCGGGUGACAAAGCCUCACACCUUUCAAUGGGAUCCUGACAUUGCUUAUCAGAAAACAAUGGAAAUUGAGAUAGACUCUGGUCUCGUGGUAAAUGGAGAAAAGAGUACAGAUGAUGGAUUAUGCUUAGAGGCGAAGGCUAAUUCAAUGGAAGAAAUUCAACCUGCAAUGUUGUCCCAUCAUGGAGAGGUUGAAUCUUGCAACGUUGAAAAGAGUGAAAAUGAACAUACAUCGCCUGAUAUAAAUAGCGAGCUGUUAGCUGCGACCAUCUCAAGCUUGGCCAAGAAAGAAUCCCGAAACUCACAAGGAUGCUAUAUUGAGGGAACCAGAACUUCACCUUUGACUUGCGAUGACCUUGAUGCAAGCCUGUCUGGGUAUAAACAAUGUAGACAGAACUUUUGUAAUCUCGAAAAUAAUACUGACAAUCAAAGUUCUGAUAUUAUGAAACUCAGCAGUACACUGACUGAGGAAAUACAGCAACCUCCCAAGUGGGAGGAUGGUUUACACAUGCAGCAUUCUGUUCUUUCCUCAAGCCAUGAAGAUAUGCAACUUAUUGAUUUUGAUCAAUCUAUGCCUGUAUUUGAGGGGUUCAUUGUAAAUGCAGAAACAGACACCGAGGAAAUGAAUCUUCCAGCAGUUGGAUUUGACCUUGGUGAACUGGAACUUUCUAGGACAGCACUGGAACGUGCUAGCGUUCUAGCUGAAAUUUGCAGAUCUGCUAGCUUGGAUGGAUCCUCAUCCCACUUCUCAUCUGCUUUCAAAUUUCAGGACACCGGAAAUUUGUGCAAGUCUAUAUCUGAUGAUGGUCAUCUCGAGCACACACAAUUUGGAGAUGCUAAUCCUUUAAAUGCUGAGGUUGGGAUUCAUUUUCAGUCUCAUAGCAGUUCUUCAGAUGAUUACAAGGAUGCCCUUGAUGGGAUGCCUUAUUCUGUUUCUCUUGCUUAUUCUGGUGAAAGAUAUGGUUGGGAUUCGAGAAACCAACCGCCAUCUCCAGUUGGGAAGCUUUGGCAUCAAUUCUCAUCACAUUCUCGGAGUUCAGGAAAAUGUUCCACUUCAAAUCCUGAACUUACUUGCUUCCCAAUAGAGGAAGAUCCCAGUAGUAGUGAAGAGAAUAAAACUAUGGAAGAGAAUGCAGGUGAUACACAAGAUGAAACUGAUUCAUCAUUGGCUAACAACUGUGAUAAAAGGAAUCCACUUACAGAUUUAACAAAUAUGUGUACGAAUCCUCCCAUUUCAGUUUCUACAGAAGAGGAGACAUUGAGAGCAGGUUCUGUGGAUUUUCUCAGAUCAAAAUUUAGUGUCACUGGGACACAAGAGAAGACACUAUUGGGUCAAAAGUAUCAGUUCAGAAAAAAUAGCGAGGCCAGCGAAAAGCAGACAUCAUGUACUCGUGCUGCUGAUGGUAGGAAACACCAACUUUCAUCUAUUGGUUCAAAUGCAACCAAGAGGGCCAAUGAAUCAGUGUACAACAACAUCAGCAAGUCAGUUGUUUCAACAAAAACCAGGUUGAAAGGGCGGGAUCAAAAGUUUUCUUCGAGAGGAUCUAGAAGUAAUAACAUUGUCUCGAAUAUUAGUUCCUUUAUACCACUGAUACAACAAAAACAAGCAGCUACAGCAUGUCAAGGAAAAAGAGAUGUCAAGGUGAAGGCCCUGGAGGCUGCUGAGGCUGCAAAACGUGUAGAGGAGCAAAAAGAAAAUGAACGUAAGAAGAGGAAGGAAGCAUUAAAACUUGAACGAGCAAAGUUGGAAGAAAAGAAUUUGAAAAACAUCGAAUUGGAGAAGAAAAAGAAAGAAGAAGAUCGCAAGAAAAAGGAUGCUGAGGUUAUUGCAAAGAAAAGGCUGAGAGAGGAAGAAGAGAAGAAGGAGAAGGAGAAGAAAAGAAUGCGACUUGAAUCAAGGCAGCGGCAAAGGGAUCAAGAAGAAAAAAAGCGAGUAGCGAGGCCUGAAAAGGAAAAUCAACGGACCAAGGAUGACCAAAUGAAGAGAAAGAAGGAAUUCAACAAUGAAUCUAAAAAGCAGCAGAACAGGGAAAUCACUGUAGGAGAAAGCGUGGCCAUGCAGGAUGCAGGCAAUAAUUUAACACUAAAUGAAUUUGUGGCGAAUUAUGAAGAAUCUGGUACUUCUGCUAUAUGUGAUGGAGAGGGGAUGCAUGCAGUGGAUAAAUCACCCAGAAAUGAGGACUUGAUAGUUCCGAACAGUAAUGGAAAAUCAUAUGAGAUCUCUCCAUACCAGUGCACAGAUGAUGAAGAUGAAGAGGAUGAUGAGUUGCGCAACAAGAAACGUAUUCCAUCAUGGUCCAGUAAAAGCUCCAUCGCUCUGUUUUUACCAAUGCAGCACCAAUUGGACCCUGAUGUGAUUUUCCCCCUUGAAAGUUUUUGCAGUAUCGGUGAAAUUUUGCUACCCCGCAAGCUACGGCAAAAGAAGGUGGCUGCUUGAAUCAAAUUAUUGGCUGUUGAUUGUCAUCUCUCAAAUUUUUGCUGAUUGUUUCUGACAGAGGCUUAUUACGCUCAAAAGUCCUGUGUCUACAUGAGAUGAUAUUUGGAAUUCGAGGCUUUUGAUGUUUGCUGGAUGAACUCUCUCAAUCAUUUGAUGUUAGAUGCCCGGUAUGGAUGCUUGGCAUAUCACUAAUAUAUUGUGUACAUGAGAAGGGAUGCUUGGAAUAAAUAGGACAAAACUAACUUGUAUAUCUAUUAAUGUUCUUACUUCUGUUACGACGAAUCCAUGAUUUUUAGUUCACAAUUUGUUCUUUCAUUU